GCUGGUCUUGCGCUCGGGACCCGCUGUUUCUUGUGUAGCCGCCAGGCUGCAGGAGGGGCGGAGAGUAGUUUCGAGGCCGAUAUUCUGCCCCAUAAAGAAAACUACAGUUGGGGUCCAAACGGCUUGCCAAACCCUUAGUCUUCUGUGUUCUGGUUGCAUUCUACCUCAGUCUCGUUGGGAGAAAGACUUGACUCUAAACCAGAGCAAUGGCUACAAUGGUGGCUAAGCGAGAAGGGCCUCAGUUCAUCAGCGAAGGAGCAGUCCGAGGGAAUGCAGCCAUUCUGGAUUAUUGCAGGACAUCCGUUUCUGCCUUGUCAGGAGCAACAGCAGGAAUUCUUGGCCUGACUGGUUUACAUGGCUUCAUCUUCUACUUCUUGGCCUCUGUCCUUCUCUCAGUGCUUUUGGUAUUAAAAGCUGGACGGCGGUGGAAUAAGUACUUUAAAUCCCGAAGGCCACUUUUCACUGGGGGGCUUAUCGGAGGCCUCUUCACGUAUGUCCUCUUCUGGACUUUCCUCUAUGGCAUGGUGCAUGUCUACUAAAAGAGUAAUAACCACUUUAGCUGCAAUGGGUUUUAAUGAAAUAGGAGGACUGUUGCCAAAAACUCAUCUAAACAACUAUGCCAGCUUUUUAAAUUGUUGUUCACUGCUUGUAUUGUUAAGGCGGUCAGUAACUUAUGUCUGAGUACAAAACUCUGUAGUAUUUGUCUAAUUAAAUUGAAUGUAAAAUGUCUUAUAGAAAAGUCACUUAAAUUGCUUCCCACACAUUUAUAAGUAUCCCCUGAAUCGCUAAAAAUCACCAUUUAUCCACCAUUCUUGGCUGACUUUAUUCCUUUUACAUUUUGCCUCUGUAAGAUCAGCAAUAGCAGCUCUAUUUUAUGUUGUGUUCCCACUGUCACCGUUUGCACCAGCAUCCAAGCAUUGGUAAAAACAGUAUCUUUAGCCAUAAGCUUAAUGCAAUGAAAUCUGAAAGGAAACACUGACACAAAGUUAGUUUCAUGGUAAUAUGUAAUUAAAUGUACAUGAAAGUGGACAGAAGUAUCUUAUUUGUCUGGAUCCUUAGUGUAAGUGCUGUGAUCCUGGGUAUAGUCACUUUACAACUAGGAAAUUAAAGUUACUAAAACAUUUCAAUCUCUUCCAUGCAUUGCUUUUGCAGAGCAUACUUUUUGUAAUGGCAGAUAUAAAAGGCAAUAAGUAGUACAGUCAUGAGUCACUGUUUGGGGUUUUUAGUGGUAUUUGCACAAUGCUUUCCACUGACAUAAUACUACAUUAUGCCAAAGGAAACCACAGUGUCCUAUGAAUCAGUAUCCGUUAUAGCUAAAAUGAACAAACCCACAGCUAGAGAUCUGGAAUAGACUCACUUAGUAUUUCCCCAAACUUACAAUGCAUUAUUGUGGUAAUAUUUCAUUUUCUGCAAGAAAAUCAAGGACAGACUGAGCUGUAAACUGCAGCUUUCAGCUAUAGGACAGGCCCUACAAUCCCUCAUCAGUUUUCUUAGUGAGCGGGUAUAUAGUCUCUGCACUUGUAUGGUGACAGGGUUCUAAAGCACACUUAGCAGUAUUUCCAUACAAGGAGAAAAUUGAAUCAGCAGUAGCAUUUUUGCAAUUCACCCUAUUCUGAAGCAUAAAUUACUAACCAGUGACACAGAACAUUCAGUGUAAAACAUUUUCCCACUUAUACUUUGAAAUGCUUUUUUUUAAAUAGUCCGCCCUCUAUUUUAAACUUUACUUCAUAUUGAAACAAAGUAGUUAUAUAUGAAAGAGGGAAAUUGACAAUGAUACUAUAAAUACUGUCUGCCAUACUAUAUAUUUACAGUCAAUAUACCUUUGGUCUCCUGCAAAAUAACAUGGUCUAGUUACUGAAUUCUGUCAAAGCUAUUUUUCUAUAUUGAGUCAUGCAUCUUUUAAACAUGGGCAUUUUAGUUAACUUAGAUGGGCAGCUUUAUUAAUAUACUUGUACUGUUCAAAUGUUAUGUAUGCAAUUCAAAACAAAAUGGGGAAACCAGCGUGUAUAUGGUUAAUCAUCAUUAUCUAAAAUAAUACAACAUACAGAAAAGACACAACAUUGCCCUACAAUAGACAAAUUCCAUUGCUAUAUAUUAACUCCAAGGAAAAAUAUCAAAUUUUGUAAAAAGAAAAACUCCUGAGAAUCCGAUAGUUACUGUUUAUGACUAAUCUCUGCACUGAUUUACCUUAAAAAAAAUAUAUAUAUAGGAUGGGGAUUGAGUUUUGUGAUGAGGGACCUAAAGCCUUCAACUCAGGAAGUGGGUUAGGUCCUUUCUAACAAGGUAACAUUAUUUUGGCAAGUUAAAGUAUUAGACUACAGAACAGGCCUAGCCUUGUUUUUGUGAUAAGCUGUUUGAGUGAAUCAUACCGUAGUCUGAGGUGAUAUAGCAUUGUAUUAUAUUUGUUUCAGCUUCAAAAACUACUUAAGUAUAGAUGGUUAAGAUCGAGUUAUGUUGGCUUAGUUAAGUUUACACAGUCCUGUUUGCAUCAAGCCAAUGCUGUCAGGUUUCACCUUAAAGUCAUUCACCAGUUGUUGUUUUUGAAUUGAGUUAAAAGCCUGACCUGGGGCUAUUAAUGUCGUAUUUCAAAGCAAGGCAGUUUAAUCUUCACCAUCUACCAUUUUCAUCCAAGGCUAGUGAGUCAAAUUCAUCCUAAGGAAGCACAGAGCCAAGAAGAAUUGACUUUUGUGGUUUUGCUUCCUAGUAUUUUUUCCUACCACUUUUGGGAAGUUAUAUCACCAUCUGAAUUUAGGUCAUAGAGUUUUGUGAGUCAGAAACAAAGGCUCAUUGUCCUUUCAAAAGCCCGUGUAACCAAAAAAAAGUUAAGUAUUAGAUUUCUAACUUUUAAAUAAAUCCUGUAACUUGUAGUAGGCUGGGAGAUACAGAAUGACGUGGGAAACAAAUUGGUGCUAUUCCUCUCCACACACCCACAUUUCAAACUGUGGAUAACAAAACAGACAGAGUAGCUGUCCCUGACUAGAGCUGCCUGAUCCAGUAACCGUGACUAUCCAUUCCUACUGGCAGAAGCAUCAAGUUCCUCUUUUGUCAGGAAUCAGUAAGUAAGGUAGAGAGGAUAAUCAUCCCUGAACCAAACAAAAAGCACAGUGACAAUAAAAAGGAGUUGCUGAGAAAAGCAUGAAACCAACUGGUGAACGAAGGGAGGCUUGGUCAUUGAAUGUGCUGUCAUUGACAGAUGCCUUGAUGCACACUGUUAACACACUGAAUAUUUGAUACUUUCUUUCCAUAUUCAGCUUCCAAUGGCUGUUUGUCCAAAAGAAAAUUC